CUUUCUCUUUCUGAAGACGGAAGGACCUUUCCCCUCCGAGAGGAGUUCAGCCAUGGAGGAGAUGCUCACCUGCAACCGCAGCCCUUUCUCCCAGGUGUUCGGGCGGCAGGGCCAGCUCAUGCAAGCCACUGUGCAGUCUCUAAACAGCCUCAAUGACCAGAUUGCAAACUUCAUGGUGACUGGACCCAAGCCCCUGGAGCAGGAGCCGCCUGUCUUUACUCCUCCAGAGAAGGAGCCACUGCAGAAGUCCAUGACCCUGAUGAGGCACCUCCUCGUGGAUGCUCAGGCAAAAAUCCUGAAAAUGAUGGAUGACAACAAGCAGUUGGCUCAGCGCAUCGAUGGGGCCAUUCAGUCCGCCAGCCAGGAGGUGACCAACCUGCGGUCAGAGCUGAGCGCCACCAGCCGCAGACUGGCCGAGCUCGGGGCAACCGACUCUGCCAGCAUGCUUGAGACCCUGCAGCACAACCACAACGAUCCCUCUUCCCACCCGAGGCAGAAGUCGCCGGCCACUGAUCUCUGCUACAAGACUGAAAUCAGCAGUCUAAUGGACUUCAACUCUCCGGACGCUUCCCUGGACAAAGUCCUGCUACGUGAGGAGGUGGCCCAGCUCCAGGAGGAGGUGCACCUGCUGCGGCAGAUGAAGGACAUGUUGAGUAAGGACCUGGAGGAGACCCAGGGAAGCUGCUCGGCCGACGUGCUCUCCGCCACCGAGCUCCGCGUGCAGCUGGCCCAGAAGGAGCAGGAGCUGGGCCGAGCCAAAGAGGCUCUGCAAGCCAUGAAGUCAGACCGUAAGCGUCUGAAGGCAGAGAAAGCAGACCUGGUGAACCAGAUGCAGCAGCUUUAUGCCACACUGGAGAGCCGGGAGGAGCAGCUCCGCGACUUCAUACGCAACUAUGAGCAGCACAGAAAAGAGAGCGAGGAUGCGGUGAAGGCACUGGCCAAAGAGAAGGACCUGCUGGAGAGAGAGAAGUGGGACCUGCGGCGGCAGACCAAGGAAGCCACGGAGCACACAGGGAUGCUGCGCUCCCAGCUCGACCUCAAGGAGAACCGCAUCAAGGAGCUGGAGGCUGAACUGGCCAUGAUGAGUAACUGUGUCAAUCAGAGAAUGGAGUUCCGGGUGUUUGAGCGUGUAUCGGACAGGGACUACUCUCCUAGGGUCAUCGCGGCCAAACAGUCACUAGCCACGCUGACCAAGGACGUGCCCAAGCGUCACUCUGUGGCCAUGCCCACGGAAACGGUUGUCAACGGCAACAACCAGGAGUGGGUGAUGCAGGCUGACCUUCCCCUGACUGCUGCCAUCAGACAGAGUCAGCAGACGCUCUACGUCCACACGGGGCAUCCCACUGACAGACAAGUGGCUGCCGUGCGGGUGAGCCCGUGCCACUCGCGUCAGCCCUCCAUCAUCUCCGACGCCUCGGCCUUGGAGGGGGACCGGUCAUCCACACCCAGCGACAUCAACUCACCACGCCAUCGGACUCACUCCCUCUGCAAUUCCCUAGAAGAUCUGGAGGAGGCGAAGCGUAAGAAGAAGAAAGAGAAGAUGGGCCUGGGCUCUCUGUCGCGUGUCUUCGCCCGGGGAAAGCAGCGCAAGUCCCUCGACCCUGGUUUGUUUGAUGGUACUUCAACGCCUGAUUAUUACAUAGAGGAAGAUGCAGACUGGUAAAGCACACAUGUCCGAGCGAGCCACCUGGAGAGCCUUUGUGGCGGUUAUCAGAAGACAGCGUUGUGUUGUGUGUGAGAGGAUGGCUGUGUGUUUGAUGUCAGUGUGUACAGAUAUAAUAAUGUGUGUGCCCGCGCAGUCUCACACGCAUGCAUACCUACUGUAUGUGUGUGAGAGUGUGUGCAUGCGUGUGCCGUCCAUGGUCAGAGGCCAUGUCAGAAGCCAGAGGCGCGUCUUGCUUCGCUGAAGUGUAAACCUUAACGAGCAAAUUGCACCUGUAUGUAUGUACAGCCCUGUAAAUAGAGUGUGAAACAGCGACCAUGUGGAUAUGUUAUAUUGUAUCUGCCUCCGAAACGGCUGUGUUAUUGGACCUUUUAAUUGUUCUUUACAUCUUGACUUUUUGUUUUCACUCAACUGGAAACUUGAAGGACUGCUGUACUUGUAAAUAACAACAGUUGAUGUGCACUUUGUGCGUGUAAAUGUCUCCUUGUCCUGAAUGCCCUUUUGUUAUUUUUUGACAUGUACUCCCCCUCCUCUCACUACCUUCUAACUUGAACUCCUCCCUGUUUAUUGUCCUGCCUGGUCCAUCCCCCUUCCUUCCACACUGCCAUGAUGAGAACAGUUUCCUGUCGGCAACAUGCAGACUCCUCAAAUCCGCCUCUAAUUCGGUUGUACAACACAUCCUUCAACCGCCAAGAAAAACUGUGCACUCCUUGAUGUUCGCUCAAAUGAGACUUCAAAGACGUUGCUAAACGAGGAAUAAACUUUCUAUGCAGAACAGUUUGUUCCACGGCAACAUGAAGCCAAACAGGAAAUGUAAGAAAUGUGUUUUCUAUCUGCUGAGAUAGAAGGUACAUGCCUGAGGUACAUGUGUGACAUGCAUGCACAUAGUCCAAGUCCCCAAAUGCAUGUUGAACAAAACCCUACUAAAGAAAUGUCUUUCUCUGGGUAUGUUGUGGACGAGGUGUUUAAAAAAAAAAAAAAAAAAAAAAAAAAAAAAAAACCGAGAGGUCAGUUACUGAUUUCAUGAUGUUUAUUCAUGAUUUUCUCCAUUUCAAAUGAAGUUAUUAUAUUCACAAAAACAUCCUGAAUAAUGUUCAAGAGCUUAACUAAACAUAGAAUGUUUUAAUCUGCACCUACAAGGCUCUUUAUGCUAAAUUACAUUAGAAAUAUUAAAGGUCAGCAGAGUCAACAGUCACAAAGAAAACCCAGCGCUACACUUUGAACGAUUAAAUAAUUAUUCCACUUAUUCAUGAGGCUUUGUGCCAUUUUCUGUCUGUGGGAUCUUACAGUAGCUUGUAGCUAUCGUUUUAUUAAUACUUAAAAAAAGGCUGUUGGGAGUGGAAUUAUUCUGGGAAAAGUUCAUCUAAAAAAAGAAAGCUAUUAUCAUAGCAUAAGCGAGAGCAUAAACAUUGAUUAUACUAACACAGUACAUAUUAGACUGAUGGUCAAGGCUUCUCCACACCUCAGGAAUUAGGUCAUUUCACCGGGAAAUCUCAACUUCAAUUUAGAGACGAGAGCAGACAUUUAAUAAACUGUUAUAACAAUAACGAGUGCCAACCCAGGAGGUUAAAAAUCAGAUUUAAGCUGGCUAAUCAAACUGAAGCAAAUGCAUACCUUCUCCCAUGACCCCCAAAUUGUGAUGCGAAGUUCAGGCCAUUGCUGAAAAAAAAAAAAAAAAAAGCAAUUAACUCCGUGGCAAA